AAAGAACAAUCUUCAAUUCUGCACGAUUACAUUAUGUGCAUUAUUAAAUAAUAAUUUUAAAGAGGAAAUACUAAACGAUGUUUAUGAAUCAGACAUUGAAAGAAAGGCGUUCGAGAAUAUUUGCUUGGAAUUUAAUUUAGGAUCUAAUAAAGACCAAGUUAAAAAUAAAAUUAAAGCCCAACUAGCGAACCUCGACGGAAUGUAUAUGACGAAAACGGAAAAUUAUUAUCAUUUUAUUCAUGCCAAAGUGUAUCAUAUUGCUGUUGUGGUAUGCGGUCAGACAUUUCUUCAUAGCUUUAUCAAAUUCGUUCGUAGCUCAUUUAUUGCUGAACGUUUUUGCUUUCAAUCGAUAAUGACAAAUAGCUAUAAAAACAUUAUUUUCAUCGAUAACGAGGAUGCCGAAAAAAGAUUUUUCGACAGAUUGAUGUUUGAUUUAGAAAAAGGUGAAACGUAUAGUACAUUUCAUAACAAUCAACUGACGAAUAAGUCGUACAGAGAGAAAUUUUGUUCGUAUUGUCGAAUCAGAAAACAAAAAGUUAUUGAACUUUUAAAACAUUUCAGUGUAAACAGUGAAAUAAACGGAAAUUUUGCUGAAAAAAGUUAUGAUGACUACAUAGAUUUUAAGAAACAGCAUCAUUUCUUUUCUCACAAAAUGCGAAGACCAUUAAUUGAGUCUGCAUGGGAAGGAUACGCAGACAUUGUUCAGUUGUUAUUGGAGUUUGAUUGCAAUAUCAAUAAAAGUGAUAGAUUUGGAAGAACGCCUUUGUUCGUUGCGUGUCUUUUCGGGAAGAUGGAAGUAGUAAAUGUUUUGCUGGAAAAGAAUGCUAAGCAUUCGCUGUGUGAUGAAAACAAGCAGUCUCCAUUAUUGGUCGCCUCCAGAGGAGGAUACGAUAGUAUAGUUGAAGUGCUACUACAAAACAAUGCCGAUGUUAAUCAGUGCGACUUUAAGGGUAACUCGCCAUUAUUAGUAGCUGCUUCUGAAAGUCCCUUGUCGACCGUUAAAAUUUUAUCAAGUAAAAUGACUGAUUUUUCGAAAUCCAAUCAUCAAGGACAAACGUUAAUUUUUGCUGCAUCAAUCCAUAGAAGAAUAGACGUUUUGGAACACCUCUUACCUUUUUGUAAUGAAAACGUUUCGAAACCUGAUAAUGAGGGUAGGUCUCCUUUGUUUAUUGCCUGCAAAAAGGGGUAUUCUGAAGUUGUUCAACUCCUUCUUGGUAAUCAUGCUGAUGUGUCACAGUCAGACUGGACUAAACUUAGGUCGCCAUUAUAUAUUGCGGCGGCGAAAGGACAUGAAGACAGUGUCACCAUUUUAAUACAAAACAAAGCUAAUAUAAAUCAAUUCGACGAGGAAGGUAGGACGCCAUUAUUCAUUGCAUCCGAUAAAGGACGUACCGGAACUGUUAAGAUCCUUAUUAACUGUGGAGCUGAUUUAAACGCAACAGACCGUAGAAAGUGUACUCCACUGUUUGCAGCAUGUAGGAAGGGGUUUAUAGACAUAGUUAAACUAUUAAAUGAAAAUGAAGCUAACAUUACACAGUGUAAUACAUGGAAUGCGUCGCCUUUGUUUGAGGCAUGUAGACAAGGUUAUUUAGAUAUUGUAAAAUAUUUGGUAGAAAACGGAAGCAACAUUUCUGAUUCGGAUUAUUCUGGGACCACUCCACUAUUAGUAGCAAACGAAAACGGAAAUACUGAAAUAGUAAACUUUUUGAUUCAGAGUGGCGCUGACUUAAAUCAGUCUGAUCAAUGUAAAAAGACAUAGCUUCACGCAUCAGUUACUUGAGGGCACUAUCAUGUAGUUCUCAUAAAUAAAUAAGCUCUUGCAUGUACAAGUUUUACUAACAACGACUUGAACUGGCACGAAACACUCCUACACAGACAUUGUGAAACUUCCUCCUUCCAAAUAAUGAGCAAUCUGUAUUGUAAAACAUCAAGUUAUUCAAUUUUCUAUCAAAAGUGCUUUAAAUUAAGAAAAAAAAAGAACUUUCAUGUGAACAUGUAUGUUCCUCAUGGUUGUGUAAACGGUAUCGGUGUCUUAUGAUUGAUGAUAU